AUGAAAAAAGCACUUUUGUUUUUGAUACUACCCAUUCUGGGAAAUUGUCUCAACAUCUUGUUCUAUGUAUCUGUUAUUGCACAAUCUCAUAUUCCGUUUCAUAAUACGGCCAUCAAGAUUUUAUUGGAUCGAGGACACACUGUGGACCUCGUGGUUGCUCAUCUCAACGAAAUGGUAAAAGUACAUUUCCCUGCUGGAGUCCGUCAAAAUUACACUUUUGGAUAUGAGGAUCCCAAUUUCUGGAGCAAAAAUGCAUUGCAUUUAUUCAACAUUUUUGAGAAAAAGCCCAUACCAAUUGCGGAGUUUUUGGCAUUUGAUGAUUUGACUUAUCAACUUUGUGAAAAUGUUGUGAGGAAUCCAAAUUUGCUGGAGUAUAUCAAAAAAGGGAAAUACGAUAUUGGCUUGAGUAGUGACUAUGAUCCAUGUGCAAAUACUAUCAUGCACGCGGGAGGUGUUCCAGUCAAAGCUAGCAUGAUACCAACUCCAAUGUUCCAACCACAAAUCUAUAGUGCUGGUCUUCCAACCCUGGCUAGUCUUUAUGGAACCGUUCUGUAUCCAAAAUCUGACGAAUCCUUCUUCAGUCGACUAUUCCAUCUUGUAAGACACACUUACAACAUCUACUUUGUGACUCCUAAACUUAUGAACAGAUAUAAUUCUUUACUCUCUAAAACAUUUGGUCCAACGUUUCCGACAGUUGAAGAAAUCGAGAGAAAUGUGGAUUUAGUUCUAGUGAAUAGUAAUGAAAUCAUUGAAAAACCUCGUCCGAUUUCUCACAAAAUCAAAUAUAUUGGAGGGAUGGGAAAGAAAAAGGCUCAACCGUUAAGUAAGGAAUUCAACGGAAUUCUGGACUCUGCGCCGAAAGGAGUGGUUCUAUUCUCUUUUGGAACUCAAGUGCCCACGAAAAAAGUUCCAAUCGAGGUUAGAAGAAAUUGUGUAGCUGCUUUCAAAAAGUUCCCAGAGUUUCUGUUUCUUUGGAAGUAUGAUAAUUUGACGGAUGAUGCGGAAAUGUUCGAAAAUGUUCAGAAUAUUCAUAGAGUUGAGUGGUUGCCACAGACAGAUUUGCUGGGCGAUCACCGCGUAAAAGCCUUCAUCAGUCACAUGGGUCUCAAUUCUUACCUGGAACUAGCCGCAGCUGGGGUUCCAGUUCUUUCAAUUCCACUAUUCAUUGAUCAACAUCAUAAUGCACUAAACGCAGCCGCCCGAGAAAUAGGAGUGACCGUAGAAAAGGAUGAAGUGACUGUGGAAAAUAUGGUUGAUGCUCUUCAAAAACUGUUAUUUGAUCCGAAAUACGAAAGAAAUGCAAAAAUGAUAUCGAAGAUGAUGUUGGAAAAACCAGAACAGUCUGAGAAGCUGUUUGUGGAUUGGGUGGAAUAUGCGGCAAGGAAUCCGGGACUUCAUAAAAUACUCAACCUUCCAGGUGCAGAGCUCACUCCAUUCUGGUACUAUUCCGGUGAUGUUCUAGUAGUUAUUUUCAUUAUCUCAAUGUUCUCAAUUUUCAUAUUCUGGCGAAUUUUAAAUUUCUUGAGGUGCCGAAUCUCGAUUCGUUCCAAAUCGAAAUCUGAAUAG